UUAAAAACCCGGGCUAGAAAAUAUAUAUGGAGCUGCGCGUACUGGAACAGAGCGUGAAUCUUGAAUUUGAAGCAGUUGAGAGGUGCUGUUACUUGUAAGAGUCGUUCUCGCUUGGUUUUCGAGCAAGGAUGUUUGUACUGCUAUGUACUGAGAAGACUUGAGAUGUUUGCACAGACAAUCUAGUCUGGCUCUGAACAAUACAUCUUUCUCCUUCUUUAUAUGCUUUGAGGUUGAGACAAAAAAAUCCUUCAAAAUACUCCAUUGUACAACUGAUACAAGUGCAAUUUCCCAUGGAUCAUACAUCUGCGCUACCUCGGUUAUGCUUUGAUAUCAUGCUAUGAAAUGAAAAAGUACUGAACGAGGACAUUUUUUGGUCAAAAUGGCGAAACAAUACGAUGUUCUGAUAAGACUUCUAAUGCUGGGAGAUUCUGGUGUUGGUAAAACGUGUAUGUUGUGUAAAUUUACAGAGGAAGGAUUCAGCCACACACACAUUGCCACGAUAGGUAUCGACUUCAAAAUGAAAACCCUUGUGGUGGAUGAUAAAAAGAUUCGCAUUCAGAUAUGGGACACAGCUGGACAGGAGAGAUAUGACACAAUUACAAAGCAGUAUUUCAGGAGAGCACAGGGUAUCAUGCUUGUCUAUGACAUCACAAGUGAAACCUCAUUCAGGAAUCUCAGCAAAUGGCUGAACAUGAUAGAUGCGGGUGCUGGUGAUGUUGCUAAAUUCCUGGUUGCUAAUAAAUCAGAUGCAUCGGCUCUCCGGAUUAUAUCAAGGCAAGAGGGCGAAAUGUUUGCAAGGGAGAAUAACCUACAGUUUAUAGAGGCUAGUGCAUUCAGUGGAGAUAAUCUGAAUGAGGCUUUUGAAAGUCUUGUCAAGAUUGUGAUGGAGAAGAAUAAGAAAGACAUAGAUGAUCAGCUACAGAGUAUCAAGUUAUAUGGAGCCAGAGAGGAUAGUACCAUUGAUGGUGAAGUUGAUGAUGUCAAGACGGGUGGAUGCUGCAGUUGAUGUCAAGUCUCUCUUUAUACUUAACUACCUGAAAAAAAAUGCUGUGGUAACAUAAGAUGAUGUAUUGAAGUAUCAUGGAUGUAACUUCUCCAUAUUUUUUAAAGUCACAGAUGUGCAAUAAGGCCUAUGGUGCCUUUAUAGCACACUAUAGUUUUGUACAACCACUUUUAUUUGAACCGUAAUAGCAUUAGAGAUGACUUCUAUUGAGGUAGUGUUUUUUUUAAGUGGUUCAACAUACUUUGUAUGAGCUAUGCUUAACUGCAUAAUUACAUGUAUGAUGUAGGUGUGGUAGUUGACUUGAUAUGAGUAUUGCUCCAUCUUUAGUUUCAUUCCAUUGUAUUUCUUUCAUGUUUUACACUCUAUUAAAUCUAAACUAGACUUUAUUAAAGAGCAUGCUGGUUUUCAGUAAAGCUUGAGGGAACAAGCAUGCUGUCUGAUGUAGAUGUUACUGUGACUUAGAUCUUGAUAGAGUAUACAAAUAAACCAAGCUUUGAGAAAGUAGAGUGGACCUCAUUCAUCUGAUGUUGGACUGGCAAAUACUAUUUUUUGUCUGUUUGCCAUGAGGAAAAUAUAGAUAUAUUGCCAGUCCAGCUGAGCUCCAAAUAGUUUUACCCCAGAAAAUAUAGUACAAAAUAUAUUUUGUCUCAUGAGCACCAACUGACCAAUCAAUGUCAUUUAUUUAGAAUGCUCAUGAAUAUUCAAUGAAGAAUAUUUUAAAGUCGUUUUUGUCAGUUCUUGAAAGGGAUGAAUUGCAUAGGGGUCCUGAUCUGGAUGUCAUUGUUUUCCCCUCUCAUCAUUCUGAUCGACACUCUUUCUAUAUUGAGUUUAUAGUUUUUUCUUAUGUUUAUAAUUUUGACAAGAUAAUUUCUAUUCUUUAGAUGUAAAUACACAAUCUUUGCGUACAUUUUUAAAUAAGUGGAGGCUGAGGUGGAAGACAUAGGGUAAUGAUGUAACUUGAUUUUAAAAAUGUAUUAGGCAAUAAUAGUCUUUAUUGGUAUCAUACUGGACAAGGUGGUUCACUAGUAGUGUCUGCUUCAUGAAGAGGUCGAGGGCGUGAUACCCGGCUGAAUCUUACCAGAUUUUUCAAAAUGGAAUCUUCUGCCUUCUAGCCAGGCACUCAAGAUCUAGAUAGAAAUAUGAUAACAACAUAUUAUGUUUGUUAUGCAGGGCUCGCUGGUAUAGAGCAGUUAUAUUAAUGAAGUGGCUAACCAGUGUAAAUAAAAUGUUAUUACUUAUUAUUAUUAUAAUACCAGUUUUAUUUUACAAAAUUUUCUUGAUUUUCUGAAACUGGUAACUCUGUUAUUAUGGUUAAGUACCCGCAAAAAUGAAUGGGCUCAGGUGAUUGAACAAAUUUGCUGAGCAUUAGAUGGAUUAAAGGGAGACAAGAAACAAAAAGGCUCAAAACCUCUAAGAAUUUAUAUUAUAUUAGAAUUACAUUGCCACUUGGAACUACAUAGUAUUAUCAACUCCUUGGUAUAAUAGUACCUCAUUAUAUCAUCCUUUCUAGGAAUACUUUUGUACAUGUACAGAAUCUCUCGAUUGAAUAUUUUGUACUCUUUAAUAUGACUGCUCUUGGCACAAAUUACAGAAGUCUAGAUGACACCUUUUGGGAUCACAGACAGGAAUACUGCUAUGAAGCCUCUAUGUGUCUUUCACAGUAGCUUUCCUCCAUUCCCUAUGGUGAUCAGUGAUAAAAAGAUGCUGUAGACUUCUGGAACCAUUUGUAACUUGCCUAACCAUAUAGUAAGGUGCCUAAAUGAAGUAUUUUUCUAUUAUAUUACAUUUUGUUGCUUUUGUGGUAUAAAUUGAGAAGAUAAGAUGAUUAAUGCUUCAUACCUUGAUAUGCAUUCCACAUGAUAGUUUGCAUGUCAAACAAAAAUGCCAGCAGCAUUAUUGUCUUCAAUGUAAAUCUUAGUUUUCUCGUGUCCAUACUCUAUAUUCAUGCAUUUUUAAGGUAUGAGGUAUUUGACUAUUAGUAGAUAAUAGUCUUGUUGAAUUUACCAUUGCUAAUAGCUUUAUUAUGGUUUUAAAUACAGUACAUCUUUUCCAGCGAUGGUUUUAGUUUAGAUGAGAUAUAGUUGGGCCUGGCCACCCAGUAGAUUACAUGCGAUACACCUGGAAGAUUAACAAUAGAUAUGAUCACAUCUUUACUGAUUCGUGCUCACUUCAGGAAUGACAGUACAAUUAGUCUGAGCUUAUUUGAUAGCACAUAUAGGGUUUUAUCUUCAGUUUCCUUGAUACGUGAUAGCCUUUCACAGUGCAAGUCAGAAAGCUACAUCACUUUUACCCUUGAUUUAAUCUAAAUUUUACCAACAAAGCCAUUUAAAGUGAAAAGUCAGCUUGGUUAAUGUUGCUCUCAGGAAGGGGGUCUGAUUAAUUCACCAAACUGUUGAUCAAUAUAAAUAUGUGCAUUUAUGAAGAUUGGAGUUGUUGAAAUGGUUCUUCCUAGAAGCCUUUGAUCAAAUUUUUUUGUCUGACUAGUCAGAUCUGACAAUAUUUUUCUUGAUUUUGGUUGGCUGUGAAAUCCAGUUGCUAUGGUAACUGAUCAAACAUUCAACAAAUCUUUUCAUGAAGUGAUCCCCAGUGUAUGCUUUCUUUCAAGGUCGUGUUUCAUAAAGACCUGUAACAACAAAUGCACAAUUCCUUUGACAGAUUCUAUGAGCCAAUCAAAAUGAACAAUUUCAGUAGCUUUUAACUGUUAUUGCAAAUUUGCUAUUAUAACAAGUUUUAUGAAACAGGCCCAAGGUGUAUAUAUAAAAUUUGAUCCAACUUUGAUUAUGCUGCUCUCUUUCACCUUGAAGAAUCGAAUGUUAACAUUAAGAAUAUAUGUUGCAUUUACUUUAGCCUAUGUUCCAUUUUUUAUAGAUAUUAUACAAAUAAUGAAUGUUUAUGAGUGCAAUGGACAGAAUACUUCAUGAGGUGAAAGAUGAAAUGAUCCAUUCAACAAGGCGUAGCCGAGCUGAAUGGGUCAUUCAUUUCUUCUUUCACCGAAUGAAGUAUUCUGUCCAUUGCACGAAUGAAAAAAAAAUUCAUUAUUUGGCUUAUAUGACACCUAAAUAUAGAUUCUUUUUCAUAUAACAUUUGUGAAUUUCGAUGCAAAUUAUGCUCAUGCAGUGCAAGCUCGGUCUGUCGAUUAUCGCGUACAUACAACAUGCGCACUGGAAAUACAAGCGGUGCCUGCAGUCUGGGUUCGCGCAUGCAAUGGACAAAAUCAUAUGGAUCCAAAAUUGCACGAUGCAUAUAUCUAAAAUUGCACGUUUGUUGACGUCAUUGUAAAAUGGGCUGAAUGAUCGAUAUUGACCAACAAAUCAAAUGACAAGGAUCUAUCUAGGUGUCAUAUAAUGUUCGAUUGUUUUGAUUAAGAGUAGAUAGUUGUACUUACUUUUUCAAACUAUUUGAUUUUAAAGGAGAAAAUGUGAAUCAUUGAUGCCUUUAUGAAUUUAUAAUUACAAAAUUAUGAAUACUUUUUGAGGGCUCAUUUUUUCAAUGUUAAAUAUGAACCUUGAACAUUUUCAUUUGAAAAGUACUGUGCAGUCUUUAGGUAUCUCAUCCUUGUGAUCUUAUUAGUAAUUACACUACAGAGAGGUGUGAAUUAGUGUUCAUAGGUUGUAGCACAAGUAUAUGAGCUUUUGUUUAGGAACUUUUGAUUGUAUUAGC